UCAAGAAACCCCUUCAUUCUCUUUCAUGUUAGAAACACAAUUCCCAACCUUCAUUCUUCUUCCAACAUUACACAAAGCCUAACAAAAUCAUCCACAAAAAAAGAAAGAAUCUUAAAAGAAGGAGCGAGAGAAAAAAGAAGGAAGAAAAUGGCCUCAUACAUGAUUCUUUUCUUUGCUUGCACCCUUUUCCUCCAAGGUGCAUUAGGGGAAAUCAUCUGUGAAAACUUGCCAAAAAAUGUUUGUUCUUUUUCAAUCGCAUCAUCUGGGAAGAGAUGUUUGUUGGAAAAUUCAGCUAACAACGACGGAAAAAUGGAGUACCAAUGCAAGACAUCAGAGGUUGUAGUUGGAAACAUGGCAGAAUACAUUGAAACAGAUGAAUGUGUAAAUGCAUGUGGUGUUGAUAGGAACUCAGUGGGGAUUUCUUCAGAUUCUUUGCUUGAACCUCAUUUCACUGCAAAACUUUGUUCUCCUCCUUGUUAUCAGAAUUGCCCUAACGUUGUUGAUCUUUACUUCAAUUUGGCUGCAGGAGAAGGAGUAUAUUUGCCAGAAUUAUGCAACAAGCAAAGGAGCAGCCCACACCGUGCCAUGAUUGAACUAUUAAGCAGUGGAGCUGCAAUUGAUGCCCCUGCCCCUAUUGCUUCUGAAGAUGAAAUUGUUGUUGAUGCUCCUCAAAUUUCCCCUUCUUCUUUCUAAUUUAUAUGCAUAAACCCUCUACCUAUUAUUCUAAGUUAUUUUACAUGCAAAGGAAAUGCGAAACAAGUGCUUUAUUAUUUGUUACUAUUGUAAUAGUUAUUGGAGUAUAGUGAGCGAGCGAGAGAGGGAGAGAUAGGAUUUUGAGUUUAUUCUUGAUUUUCUUAUAUAGGGUUUAUAGGAAAUUGUUGCGAGAAAAUCUGUUCACCAGUUUUUCUUCGGCUGAGACUUCAAUAAAGAUAAUCUUUAUUUA